CUCUCUUUUUUUUUUUAAUCUCUCUUUUAUGUCUUAAUAACCCCCCCCUUUGUCUUUACUUGCUUCUCUGUUUUUCUUUCUAAGAACACAGAAAAACACCCAAACGAAUUUUUAAUAGAACAAAGCAAAGAAAACGAAGAAAACCCAGAGAAAGGCAUAAAGGAAUAAUUAUCUACUCCAUAACAUAAAAAUAUAAGUUUGUGUAAGGUGGUGGUAGAGAAAAGAUUUAAAUGAUAAGCAAAGCAAAGGUGAGAAGUGAAGAGUUGAACUCGUGCUUUGAGAAGCUGCUGAUGGUUGCUGCUGGAAAUAGUGGCGUGGGAGUUAGGAUGGAGGGAGCGGUGAUCACUGAGUGGAAAGAUAUUCCUAUGGAGCUGCUGUUGAGAAUUGUGCCUCUUGUCGAUGAUCGGACUGCUAUUGUUGCUUGCGGUGUUUGUUGUGGGUGGAGGGAUGCUAUUUGCUUCGGUCUCACACAACUCAGUCUCUCAUGGUGCAGAAAGAACAUGAACAACUUGGUUCUCUCUCUUGCUCCUAAAUUCACCAGAUUGCAAACUCUAAUACUGCGUCAAGAGUAUCCGCAACUCGAGGACAAUGCUGUUGAGGCUAUUGCAAACUUUUGUCAUGAUAUACAGGAGCUGGACCUAAGCAAAAGUUUCAAGCUUAGUGAUCACUCUUUGUAUGCAUUGGCCCGUGGUUGUCCUAACAUUACAAAGCUUAAUAUCAGUGGCUGCACAUCUUUCAGUGAUGGAGCUCUUGAAUAUUUGACUAACUUUUGUCAAAAACUAAAAAUAUUAAAUCUCUGUGGAUGCGUUAAAGCUGCAACUGACCGUGCAUUGCAGGCUAUUGGACGAAACUGCAAAAUGUUGCAAUCUUUAAAUCUGGGAUGGUGUGAUAAUGUUGGUGAUAUAGGAGUGAUGAGUCUAGCUUAUGGAUGCCCUGAUCUCAAAUGCCUGGACUUGUGCGGCUGUGUUCGCAUAACAGAUGAUAGUGUGAUUGCGUUGGCAGAUAAGUGCCUCCAUUUAAGGUCACUUGAUCUGUACUAUUGUCGCAAUAUCACAGACAGGGCGAUGUACUCGCUGGCUCACAGCCGAGUGAAUAACAAGCCUUCGUUAUGGCAGUCCAUGAAGGGUAGAUAUGAUGAGGAAGGUCUUAGAAGUCUGAAUAUAAGCCAGUGUACUGCACUGACUCCUUCAGCCGUACAGACAUUAUGCGAUACGUUUCCAGCCCUUCACACUUGCUCCGGAAGGCAUACCCUUGUCAUGAGUGGCUGCUUGAGCUUAACAUCAGUGCAUUGUGCUUGUGCGGUCCAAGCUCAUCGGACACUCAACACUAUUCCCCAUACUGCUCAUUGAAGGGGAUUUCAAUGUUGAUAUUGUAAGUAAAUGUACUUAUCCAAGGGCUUAGGCCAAAGAAGAGAGAGAGAGAGAGAGAGAAAAGAUGAGAUCUCCUGUACGUAGGGUUGUUUUGAAAUAUAUAUUUAUCAUCUUGUUGGACAGCAUGGAUUCUAUGCACUUUAUAUUUGGGUCUGGUUUUCUUCCAUUACUUUGAUCAAUCUUUAUUCACAAGUAUGACUUUACAAUUUAUGUAGUCACGUGAAUGGUAAUGAGAAUAUAUGAGCCGGAUUUUAAUCCUUA